AUGUCGGAGCUAUGCCUUACUGUAUUUACUGUCUAUCACCAUACAGCACCGUCCGGUACCAAUCCCAAAGCGGCGCAUGUGGGAGAAUACCUGACACCGCCACCAACAUACACCAGCAACUUCCGCACAAACGAGUGCCACAAGCUAGUCACAUACAAGGGAUACAUGGAGUACGCCAAGGCGAACGAGGCAAGUGAACAAAGCAUAAUGAUCAGCAUCAUUCCAGAGCUGAAAGGUACAUGGAACCCGGAUAUGGUGUCCUUUCUCGAAGCAUCUGGACUGAACAUAGAAUGGUUAGCACAUGAAUUUGCCUCGCAAAUGGUUAACGCAGGGUUCUCAGCCCCAUUGAACGACAAGUGGGAAUUGGCAGCCGCAGACGGAAGUCUGGGUAUCAUGCAAACAUUCGAUCGACGAGUUGCCAAGAUUUGGAAGGAAGGAUCGUACUCAUACCUGGCAGUGGAGUACAUGUGGAGCACAUCAAGGUCGCGCAAUGAGAGCCAGGUUGUUUGUAAUGUAAUCGAAGACUGUGGGACUGGUGAUGUGGUGGAGGACUUGCUGCUAAUGGGUGUGGAGCUUUUAAGUCCAGCUAUACCUGUACUGUUGGGCGCGAGUGGUCAUCUAUUGGUGGAGUCACAGGCUUCGAAAGAUCUCAAAGAGAUCUUUAACACAAUUUCAUCAAAACUGAAGCAGGUCCAUUUACCUUUAGACUUAAGUCCAUUUACCUUAGACCUAAGCCCAACAACCUUAGCCUUAAGCCCAUACACCUUAGACCUAUGCCCAUUCACCUUAGACUUAAUUCCAUUCACCUUAGACCUAAGGCCAUCAACCUUAGCCUUAAGCCCAUUCACCUUAGACUUAAGUCCACUUACCUUAGACUUAAGCCAAUUCACCUUAGACCUAAGCCCAUCAACAUUAGACUUAAGCCCAUCAACCUUAGACUUAAGUCCAUUCACCUUAGACUUAAGCCCAUUCACCUUAGACUUCAGUCCAUUCACCUUAGACCCAAGCCCAUCAACCUUAGACUUAAGCCCCUUCACCUUAGACUUGAGUCCAUUCACCUUAGACCUAAGCCCAUCAACCUGA